AUGUCUUCUGAAGUUCAACGCCUGCUCGACACCAUCACUGGGGCCGUCAAAUCACUUGAUGUGGCUUGCUCUAGCAGCGGGACCGUAGUUCCGAACAUUAACGAGCCUUUUCAACCUUCCUCAGAAAAUUUUCGCGGCAGUCAUGAAGCUUUACAAGCUGCGAGGAUCAUUAGCGCGGCCGCGUUGCAGCUAGAAGCUAUUGUUGCACCACCCCAAGUCGUUUUGUAUCAUGUUGUAGGAGGGUUUUUCAAGUCAAUGGCUUUGCGAGUUUGCUUGGAAUCUAAUGUCACUGAGAUAUUGAGAGAAGCUGGAUCAAAGGGGAUGCACAUCUGCGAUAUCGCUAAGCAUAACGGUCAAGAUUCUCAGAAGCUCGCUCGGUUUCUUCGUUACCUUUGCUCGAACCACGUCUAUAGGGAGGUCUCCCCAGAUGUAUUUGCGAAUAACCGCGUUUCAAGUCUACUUGACACCAAGAAGUCUAUCGAAGAACUUCGCUCCAGACCGCUCGAUAAAUACAAAAACACAGACGGCAUGGCAGCGUUAGCGGGACACCAUUUAGAUGAAUGCUUCAAAGGUGCAGCGUACGCUUGGGAAGCACUCAAUGACCCAAACAUUAUUCAUGCUAAAGAACAUAUUGGUACACCACUUAACAAGGCAUAUAACUCACAGACGCCAUACUUCAAGUUCAUUCAAAAUGACGAUCGUCGCCGUCUCCGCUUUGACGUCAGUAUGCAGGGCAUGGAAAGACUUCAGCCACCCGAUACAACCUUGAACGCUUUUGAUUGGGGAAAUUUGCCAAAAGGUUCUAAAGUAGUGGACGUGGGGGGUGGGGUCGGGAGUGUCUUCUUUCCCUUGGCGGAAAAAUUUCCUGAACUAAAACUGGUCAUUCAAGACUUACCUGGAGUCAUUGAUAACGCGAAGAAAAUAUGGUCAGAGCGAAUGCCAUCUGCGCUGCAGACUGGACAGGUCAAACCGGAGGCUCACAACUUCUUCAAUGAGCAGCCUCACAGAGAUACAUCAGUGUUUUUUUUGAAGCAUGUCCUUCACAAUUGGUCCGACAGCAGUUGCGUGGAAAUCUUGAAGCGACUUCGGGAUGCUUCGGGAGAAUCAACCAGAUUGGUUAUAAUGGAUAGUGCUAUGCCUUACGUGUGUCGGUCUCAAAGUCAGGAAAACCCACCCACAACCUCUACAUGUAUACCAGGGAUAGAACCAGAAGAGGCACCAGACCCCUUAUUGGCGAACUAUGGGGCGCUGAACGAGAUGUCCUACGUGCUCGAUAUGGUGAUGUUUGUGAUACUUAACACACAGGAGCGCACAUAUGAGCAGCUAAAUAGCUUACUAAAUGACUCUGGAUGGUCUGUUUCCUGUGUAAGACGCAAACCAGGGGAUGCUGCUUUCGUCCAGAUUGAAGCCAAACCUCAAAAAUAUGAAUCUGAUAGUACUAGUAGUCAGGCAAGACUAUAG